AUGCUUCCUAUUCUGGGGCUGAGCCUAGAGAGUGAAUUCUGCUGCGUUUGUGCACGGGGCAUUCCCCCUCAGCGUAAACUUGAGCACCCGCAAAUCAGGCCAGAGUUCUCGCAAUUAGCGCCAGCAAAGCCUGUGAGCCAGGCAUCUGUUGGUCAACUAUAUCUGGAGAAGGUGGUCGAUCGGAGAUGUCCAACGAAUGUCAAGCGUCGAGCCGGUGACGAGGCAUUAUAUGAUCCACGGAACGUAGGGAGUAGACGUACGGAGGCUUUUAUAGAGAUCAUUCUCCCUGUGGUGGAAGUUCAGAUUGUGGCGCCUGGUGAGAAAGGGCUGAUCUCAAUGCACGCUUCGAGUAUCUCAAUGGAAUGGGACGUACCAAAGCGCGGUUGUUUCACACCAAGAACUAUCAAUAAAACUGUCGGCGUGGAACAUGAGUGGGUCGUAGCUCAGUGGACUACAUCAUUCUACUUCGCGCUGCUCGGGACGACAAAGCAGUCCUCGGCGCCAAAGAAAGAGCGACCUUGGGCGCGGCGGUCUACCAAGGUAGUUGGUAAACCGAAGGCCGAGAGUGGCCCUGAAAGAGAUCGGGCAGUUGUGGUGCCGAGUCACCACCGAGUGAUGGACGCGCUUAGGACACGGACACAGCGUGCGCCGAACGGCGCGUUCGACGAUGCUGUGCGCGUAGGCCUCUCUGAGCAGGCAGCUAGCGAGCUGGCCAUAAACGCCAUCAUAGUUGUUGACAGUAUGCCGCCCGACGGGCAAGAGAACGAGUGCGCCAAGUCCGUAAGGAUCGGAAGUCACAGCUCGGACGCCGCGUCUUGGAGCCUCCCAUCUUCUGGAAUGAUGAGGCUAGGCCGCUAG